AUGUCUGUUAAAGUGGAUGGUAUGAUCAAUAAAAAGUCAAAGACUCAUAGUAAGAAACUUGAUGCUAGAGCAUUAGCUGAGAAAAUCAAGAAAAAUGCGUUAAAGCAACAGGCACAAGAAGAGCCUGCUAAAGAGGAAAAUGUAGCUGAAAAUUUCGAUACUGUUGUUGAUCCGACAGCAGAAUUGAAAUUCAAGUCGUUCAAUGAAUUGAAAUUGAUUCCAGAGUUGUUAGAAGCGAUUCAACAAAUGAAGUUCACUAAACCAACGCCUAUUCAAUCGGAAGCCAUUCCGCACGCUCUUGAAGGCAAGGAUAUUAUAGGACUUGCACAAACAGGUUCAGGUAAGACGGCAGCAUUUGCCAUUCCAAUAUUGCAAGCAUUAUGGGAAGCACAAGCGGCAUAUUAUGGGUUGGUGUUAGCACCUACUAGAGAAUUGGCGUAUCAAAUCAAAGAGACAUUUGAUGCGUUAGGAUCAUCCAUGGGUUUACGUUCUGUUUGUAUAGUUGGUGGUAUGGAUAUGAUGGAUCAGGCGAGAGACUUAAUGCGUAAGCCACAUAUCUUGGUUGCUACUCCUGGUAGAAUCAUGGAUCAUUUGGAACACACAAAAGGGUUCUCGUUGAAAAAUUUGAAAUACUUAGUCAUGGACGAAGCCGAUAGAUUAUUAGAUAUGGAUUUUGGACCGGCCCUUGACAAGAUCUUGAAAAUUAUUCCAACCCAAAGAACAACAUACUUAUUUUCUGCUACCAUGACAAACAAAAUUGCUAAAUUACAAAGAGCUUCUUUGCAUAAUCCCGUAAGAGUUGCUGUCUCCAAUAAAUACCAAACUGCUGACAAUUUAGUUCAAUCUAUGAUGUUGGUAAGUGAUGGUUAUAAAAAUACAUAUUUGAUUCAUUUAUUGAAUGAAUUUCUUGGUAAGUCAAUAAUUAUUUUUACAAGAACUUGUGCACAUUCACAAAGAACUGCGUUAUUAGCAAGAAUCUUGGGCUUUUCGGCAGUCCCAUUACACGGUCAGUUGACUCAAGCUCAAAGAUUGGGAUCAUUGAAUAAGUUUAAGGCUGGAAAGGCUAAUAUAUUAAUCGCAACUGAUGUUGCGGCAAGAGGUUUGGAUAUUCCUUCUGUCGAUAUUGUCAUAAAUUACGAUAUCCCAACUGAUUCAAAGGCGUAUAUUCAUAGAGUCGGUAGAACUGCGCGUGCUGGAAAAUCUGGUAAGUCCAUCUCCUUGAUUACUCAGUAUGAUUUGGAAAUGUACUUAAGAAUAGAAAGUGUUUUGGGUAAAAAGUUACCUAAAGAUCCUUCUCCAUCCAAAGCUGUUUUAGAUACUUUACAUGUUCACGUUGACAGAGCCAGCGCAGAAGCUAUCAGACAAACCAAAGAUUUCCAUGAAAAGAGAAAUCCCAAGAAAAAUCGUGAUGAUAGAGAUCGUGAAGAACGUUAG